AAUCAUAUCUAUGACGUUAUAAACACAAAUUCCUCAGAAGUAAAAAAGAUCCAUGUUCGAAAUCAGUUAACAACAAGAGGCAAAUACUUCGCGAAACAAAAGUAAUUGAUUUUGAUAAAAAUCUAAUAAUCUAAUCGACAUAUGACAACUCAUGUGAAAACGAUAAGAACAAUAUUGUCAAGAUUGACAAAUCAACAAUUUUAGUAGACUUUUGCACUGUAUUACUAUUUAUUUAGUUCCGUCGCGAAGAAAACGACGCACGACGACACGAACGUAGUAAAACCAUCGUUUUCUUCGCAAGUCGUGUUCUCGUUUUUGACAAACAAAAAAAGAAAGAAUUGAAAUGGCUUCUUGUUGGAAAUCCUUGACCCGUCGGAAAAUGCCAGACGAAAGUGAAUCGAAGCUGGCUCGUGUGCUAACACUCUUCGAUUUGACAGCAUUGGGAGUUGGCAGUACUUUGGGUCUGGGGGUGUAUGUCCUGGCCGGGUCGGUGGCGUACGAACAGGCAGGACCCGCUGUGGCUGUAUCGUUUGCUAUUGCUGCUGUAGCAUCGGCUUUUGCAGGACUUUGCUAUGCGGAGUUUGCUGGGAGAGUCCCGAGGGCAGGAAGUGCCUAUGUGUACAGCUAUGUGACGGUUGGCGAGUUUGUCGCCUUCACUAUUGGUUGGAAUCUAAUUCUGGAGUACGUCAUCGGCACGGCCAGUGUGGCGAGAGGACUAAGUGGCUAUCUGGAUCAACUCAUUAACAACACCAUGGCGACGACAUUGAAGGAUGUAAUGCCAAUUAAUGUCGCCUUCCUGGGAGACUAUCCUGAUUUCUUUGCAGCCGGUAUGGUGAUUAUACUGGGUUGUCUUUUGGCCUUUGGUGUCAAAGAGUCCAGUGUCCUGAACAAUAUAUUUACGUGUGUGAAUAUGCUGACAGUUUGCAUUGUCCUGGUAGCUGGAACGAUAAAGGCCGAUUCGCAUAAUUGGGCUCUGACGGAUGUGCCAGAAGGUGCUGGAGUUGGUGGAUUUAUGCCAUAUGGCUGGGCUGGGGUAAUGGCAGGAGCAGCAAAAUGCUUUUAUGGUUUUAUUGGAUUUGAUGUUGUGGCUACAACUGGCGAGGAAGCUAUCAAUCCCAAAAAGAAUAUACCAUUGUCCAUUAUUAUAUCAUUGAUAAUUAUAUUUUUGGCAUAUUUUGGUGUUUCGACGGUCUUGACAAUGAUGUGGCCUUAUUACUUACAGAACCCUGAUGCACCAUUUCCACAUGUCUUCCAAGAAGUUAAUUGGAUAGCAAUUAAGUGGAUUGUUACUAUUGGAGCUAUUUUUGCUCUAACCACAAGUUUAUUGGGAGCAAUGUUCCCGCUUCCUCGUGUCCUUUAUGCUAUGGGAAAAGAUGGAAUUAUCUUUAAGAGUUUUGCCAAAGUAAAUGCAUACACCAAAACUCCAUUGAUUGCGACGAUAAUAUCAGGGACUUUAUCAGCUAUAAUGGCCCUGAUUUUCGAUCUUCAUCAACUGAUUGAGAUGAUGUCAAUUGGAACUCUCCUGGCAUAUGCUAUCGUUGCUAUUUGUGUUCUAGUUCUUCGCUACCAACAAGAUGACAUUCAAAUGAAGGAGGUCAGAGUUGAGAUGCCGAUAAUCAUGAGACAGCUUUUCAAUUUGAAUUUUGUCAAAGAAGCCAAUUCAUUGACAUCGAACAUCACUAAAAUUGGAAUUGUCGUCUUUUUCAUUCUAUCCCUCGUAACCUGUAGUAUAAUGAAGUUUGUCGGCUUUAGCUCGACAUGGGGAAUAGUUUCGGUCUCGGUUCUUGUGGUGAUACUCUUAUUGAUUCUAUUUUCAAUUCAGCGACAACCCGAAUCGAGUAUGGAGCUGUCAUUUAAAGUUCCAUUGGUUCCGUUCAUUCCGUGUAUAAGUGUCUUUUUCAAUAUCUAUCUUAUGUUCCAAUUGGACUUGAAUACUUGGAUUAGGUUUUUGAUUUGGAUCGGACUUGGUUACUUAAUUUAUUUCACCUAUGGUAUUCGGAAUUCAACGCAAGGUAUAGCCAAUAAUGCUCGUAUUCCACCACCACCGCCAUUAGAAAACGGUCAUAAGAUGGAUUGUGAAAAAUCAUAAGAAGCUAUUUUUGGUUAGGAUUAAAGAUAAUAUUUCGUUAGGGUCAUAUGAAAGAAGCAGAACAUUGAAUUUCAAUGAUUGUUUAUGUUAAUUUUGAAAAAUAACCUUUAAGAAUGCCUCGCACUAAAAAUCAAUAUGUUGGCUUCUUCGUGACCGAAAACGUUAUGCAUUUUUUUUAAAUAAGGGUUCAUUCCCAAAAACUCACAUGACAGUAUUUUUGUUUGUUUAGAGAAAAAAAAUAUUGUUAAGAUUUAAGUUUUAUUUAUUUAUAAGAGAUUUAAGAUAGUUUAAUAUUUUUUUUUUUUUAUUCGAAAACUUACAAUAUUUACUUAAAACCAAAGAGAUUAAGUUUGCAUUGAACACCCAAAGAAUUUAUUAGAAUUUUAUAUUAUUAAAAUUUAAAGACAGUUUAACCAAAAAAAGAAAAACACAAUCAAAGUGUCGCGAUAUGUUAAGGACCAACAAAUAAAAAUGUGCAAAUUUUUGGCACAAAGUGCCAUAAAUAUAAAACAUUUAUGAACAUUUUAAAUUGAUUAUUUUUUUACAGUAAGUACUUAAAUUCAUAUUUUUAAAUGACCAUUUCAUAAAAUAAGCUUCAUUUAUAAUCAAUUAUGAUGAUGAUUAUACUUUUAAGAUAAAAAUAUAAAUAUUAAAAACAAA